ACGAGCCUGAGAUUCUGCAAGUUCUGUUGUGUUGGGACUGAACCCACCGCCCCGUUCAGCCCAUGGUUAUUGCCAUUUUCUCAAGUGAUUCGAAUGUUUUUUUUUUAAGUUUGUUUUAGUGUUUUAAUUUGUAACUCCACCGUGAGGCAGAACGGGGCUCUUACUCAUACGCCGCGCAUACACACAGCCGAAAAAGAAUGUCUAGACAAAUCUAAAGGGAAAAAAACACAAGACGGAAAAAUCUCGAGUGUGUUGAACGGUAUUUCACUUCGUGCCUGUGUGCUGACGGCUUCAUAUUUUCUCUUUCGACGUGUUGGGUUUUCAUCUCCACACAAUCAACUCCUUUUUUAGUGAGAUUGCCACGGACUUUGGAUCUGGCCGUAAGAUGAUGAGCUGAUAAAAAGACAAUUCACUUGGAACCUGAAGUGUAUUGGCCAGCUGAUCAAACUACGACACCAGAUUCGAGCUGAAGCAUCAAGGAUGUGUCCAGUCACCCCGACAGUCGGCAGCAGUCGGUGUUGACGAUUGCCAUUUCCGUGACCGUUUGGCUCUUCUGUGUGUGUGUUGUGUGUGUGUGUGUUGAAAUAGUGGGUGGAAAAAAUUGACAUCAGACGUCGUCGUCGUCGUCGACGGUCGAGAUCAAAGGAGCCCAAAACGAGCGGAAGAAGAAGAAAACAAGUUUUGAUUGGUUAAUGGCUGCGGCGGCGUCGGCUGCAGGGUCGGUGAUGGCGGCCGACCUGUCGCCGGUGGAGCGACGCCUCAAACAGCUGGAGCGGCUGCUGUUGACCAGCGGAGAGGAUGGAGCCGUCACCACGGCCGCCACAUCUUCGUCGUCGUCGUCAUCGACGUCAACCAUUACCAUCAGCGUCGAGACGCUACUCGACGCUCUGCUCGUCCUCUACGACGAGUGUUUCACCUCGGCUCUCCGCCGGGAGAAAACCGUUUCCGACUUUCUCGAACUGAUGAAACCGAGCGUGAGCCAAAUCAAGAGCCUGCGACUGACGCGCGACGAUUUCGAGCUGAUCAAAGUGAUUGGUCGCGGGGCUUUCGGCGAGGUGUGCGUCGUCAAGCUGCGGCACACGGAGCGCGUCUACGCCAUGAAGAUCCUCAACAAGUGGGUGAUGCUCAAGCGGGCCGAAGCCGCCUGCUUUCACGAGGAGCGAGACGUCCUUGUGCGCGGGGAUCGACGCUGGAUCACCGACCUUCACUACGCCUUCCAGGACGAGAACAAUCUGUACCUGGUGAUGGAUUAUUACUGCGGCGGUGACCUGUUGACGCUCCUGUCCAAGUUUGAGGAUCGAUUGCCCGAGGAUAUGGCCAAAUUCUACCUGGCCGAAAUGGUGCUGGCCAUCGACUCGAUCCACCGGCUGCGCUACGUCCACCGCGACAUCAAACCCGACAACGUCCUCCUCGACGCCAACGGACACAUCCGCCUGGCCGAUUUCGGAUCCUGCCUCAGACUCAGAGAGGACGGAACGGUCCAGAGCAACGUGGCCAUCGGCACUCCCGACUACAUCUCUCCCGAAAUCCUGCGGGCGAUGGAGGACGGCCAAGGACGCUACGGCCCGGAAUGUGACUGGUGGUCGCUGGGCGUGUGCAUGUACGAGAUGCUCUACGGAGAGACGCCCUUCUACGCCGAAUCCCUGGUGGAAACCUACGGCCGCAUCAUGAAUCACAAGAGCUGCUUCGAUUUCCCAACGGAUUCCGGCCUGGAAGUGUCUGAAGAUGGCAAGGAUUUGAUGAGGAGACUCAUUUGCAGUGCCGAGUAUCGUCUAGGACAAAAUGGCCUCAGCGAUUUCCAGAAUCAUCCUUGGUUUUCCGGCAUCGACUGGGACAACAUUCGCGACAGCACGGCUCCUUACAUACCGGAAGUGAGCAGUCCGACGGACACGUCCAAUUUCGAUGUCGACGACACGGAUCUCCGCAGCGCCGACGUCCUUCCGCCGACGGCCAAUUCCGUCUUCAGCGCCCUCCACCUCCCUUUCCUCGGCUUCACCUACACCCAGGGCAGUUUGCUGACGGACAUGAACCGGUUGCUCAUCCACUCGAACGGAACCGGCGACGGAUACACGCCCUCCGUCGCAUCCACCGCCGCCACCGCUGCCCUGACUCACGCAGCCGCUUCAGUCGCCUGCGCCGCCGCCCCGGCGGCCCUAAAUGGCUCCGGCGAUGGCCCAGGGAGCGGCGGUAACCCGUCCGGCAACAACAACGACGUCCGCCGAUUACAGGACGAAGUCAAUCAGCUGACGAAGCGCAACGGAGAGCUGAUGCAGCAGUUGUCCAGGGCGGAGCAGACGGGCAAGGAAAUGUCGGCCCUAAUGAAGAAAGAUUUCGAGCUGAGCGAAGGCGAGAAAAGCCAAAAGAUUAAGGAAAUGGAAAAGAGUCAGCGCCAGUGGAAGCAAGAAAAAGAUGAGCUCGUCAGGGAGAUGACCGACACGCAAGAAAAGCUGCGGCUGCAAUCCAAGGAGUUGAAAGACGCCAUCGGACAACGCAAACUGGCCAUGACGGAAUACACGGAAGUCUCGGACAAGUUGUCUGAACUGCGCCAGCAAAAGGCCAAAUUGUCGCGUCAGGUACGAGACAAGGAGGAGGAGCUGGAAGGGACGCUCCAGAAGAUGGACGCGCUCAGGAACGACCUGCGUCGAGCCGAGAAGCUGCGCCGCGACCUGGAGGCCAGGGCGGAAGAGCUGCAGGCCGACGUGGUGCGGGAGAAGAGACUGCGUGAAAGGGCGGAAGAGCACGCCCGCUCCCUCCACGAGGACAUGGAGCGGCUGCAGCAGAAGGCCCAGGCUGGUGAGGCGGCCAUGAACUCGAUGGAACUCAACCAGGAGCUCCUGCGGUUGCGAUCCGAGCUGGAGAAACAGGAGAUGCAGCACAAGGAGCUGGCCAGUCAGCUGAGCUCUCGUCACGCCGCCGAGCUGAGCGCCCUGAACGACCAGCUCCUGGAGGCGGACAACAUGCGGGCCACCUACGAGAAGGAGUCGGCCCUGCUCAAGGAGAAGGUGGAGCAAUCGAGGCAGGAGAGCGCCGUCGAGAACGAGGAAGUCAUCGUCGAAGUGCGGAGGGCCCACGAGCGGGAGAAGCAGCUGCUGCUGGAGGACACGAAGCGGGUCGUGGCCGAGCUGGAGCGCUUCUCCGACUCUUGCCUCCGGCUGCAGAGCGAGAAACGGGCCAUGGAGGAAGAGCUGUCGGAGCUGCGCAGCAAACAGGCCGCCGUGGCCCAGUGGGAGGCUCAAAUCUCGGAGAUCAUCCAGUGGGUCAGCGACGAGAAAGACGCCCGAGGUUACCUGCAAGCCCUGACCAGCAAAAUGACGGAAGAGAUGGAGAACUUGAAGACGCAGGGCGUCGGCGGAACACCCAGCAACGAAAAGAACUGGAAGAACCGGCGAUCUCAGAAAUUAGACAAAAUGGAGAUAUUGAAUUUGCAGAGUAGCCUCCAGUCAGAGAUCCAGGCCAAGGAAUCGAUCCGGGAAGAGUUGACUCAGAUACGGGCCGAUUUCAUCGCCAUGCAAAAGGAAUUGUGGGAAGUGAAACAGCAGCGGGAGGAACUGGCCCGCGAGCUGGUGCGGAAGGAUUCGCAAAUGAAAGAGAUGCAACAACGCCUUGAAUCCGGAGACGGAUUUUUGGACAGACCCAUCUCGCAGAUGUCGUUCCUGGAGCAGUUCCUCAAGGAGUCCUCCAUCAGAGGGCGUGCGGCCUCGGCCGACAGCGAGGAUGGCGACAUCGAAGACAAUCGGGCCCCGUCGGUGCUGAGCAGCAGCAACAAAUCGGCCUCGGAUCUCAGUAGCCCCGUACAAAGUGGCCCGUCGCACCACAUCAGUCCGCUACAUCCCGGGCAGCCGAGCCAGACGGACGGCGGCAACAACGGCGGAUCGCCUUUCGGCCAGCGCAGUAUGGACCGAAGCAGCGGACACAUCAUGCAGGGUUCCGGAAUGGUGGACAUGUCGCAGAACCAGCACAUGUUGCAGGUGCAGAUGCAGUUGCAGCAGACGCUCAACUUGUCUCAUCCGUCGCCGCAGUCCAACAGCAGCGCCGGAUCGAUGCCGCUGCUGCACUCUUCGCCGCUGACGAGCACCUUGUCGCUGCGCUCCAAGUCGCACCAGUUCCUGGUGCGCUCCUUCCCGUCGCCGCUCAAGUGCAAUCACUGCACGUCGCUCAUGGUCGGCCUCAGCCGGCAGGGCGUCGUCUGCGAAGUCUGCGGCUUCGCCUGUCACGUCUCCUGCAAGGACAAAGUCCCGCCGCUCUGCCCGCUGCCCACCGACCAGACCAAGCGGCCGCUGGGCAUCGAUCCCACCCGCGGCAUCGGCACGGCCUACGAGGGCUACGUCAAAGUGCCCAAGCCGGGCGGAGUCAAGAAGGGAUGGCUGCGCCAGUUUGUCGUCGUCUGCGACUUCAAACUCUUCCUCUACGACAUCUCGGCCGAACGCAACGCCCAGCCGUCCGUGUCCGUUUCACAGGUGCUGGACAUGCGAGACGAGCAGUUUGAGGUCAGCUCUGUCCGCGAUUCGGACGUCAUCCACGCCAACAAGAAGGAUAUCCCUUGCAUUUUCAGGGUGAGCACUUCCAUGAUGGACCCGCCCGGUUUGCGCAACCAUUUGCUGAUGCUGGCCGACACGGAGAGUGAAAAGACGAAAUGGGUCGUGGCUCUCAACGAAUUGCAUCGCAUCCUGAAGCGCAACAAAUUGCCCAAUCGGGCCGUCUUCAAGCCCAAGGAGGUCAUGGACAAUUCCAUCACCCUAAUCAAGACUGCCGGAAGUGGCGCAGUCAUCGAUACCGACCGUUUAGCCAUCGGCACCGAAGAAGGAUUGCUCUGCAUCGACCUCGAUCGCGAAGAAAUCGCUCGGGUGGGCGAGAGCAAACGCAUUUACCAAAUUGAUUACCUGCCCGAAGAGCAGCUGCUGGUCGUCAUCUGCGGUAAGCAGCAUCACGUCCGGCUAGUUCCAGUUCGGGCGCUCGACGGUGACGACGUCGAGUGGAUUAAAGUGGCCGAUACCAAAGCCUGCAUCAGUUUCACCACCGGCAUCCUGCGCCAAGGACACGGCACCCAAGCGGCCGUCUAUUGUCUCUGCGUCGCCGUCAAGCGACAGGUGCUGUUGUUUGAGAUCACACGGACCAAGGCGCGUCAUAAGAGACUCCGGGAUAUCCUGUUACCAACGCCAGCCCAGUGCCUCAACGUGAUAUCGGACGGGCGGCUCGUUGUGGGCUACCCGUCGGGCUUCGCCGUUUACAGUCUGAUGGGCGACCAGCAUCCGAUGUCGCUCGUCCAAUCGGAGCAUCCCAGCAUCUCGUUCAUUGCCCACCACCCGCUGGACGCCCUGCGGGCCGUCGAGAUCAACAGCCAAGAAUUCCUUCUGGUCUUUUCCACGCUGGCCAUUUACGUCGACUACCAGGGGCGCAAAUCGCGUGAGAAGGAGAUCAUGUAUCCAGCCCCGCCUUUGGCCAUCGUCAACUACGACGGCCAUUUGCUGAUCUACUCUGAGACUCACGUCGAUGUCAUCGACUGUUUCACCGGUGACUGGGUCCAGACACUCAAUUUGAAGCGCUGCCUACCACUCAACCACAAUGGCCUCCUGUCGGCCUCCUUCGCCACCGAACAGCCUUACGUCGUCUACUUGCGCAACAUCAACAAAGUUUGCGACGCCGUUAAUGUCCCAGAGAGCGAAGUGACUUUGGGAGGUCAAAGCCGGGCGGGAAGCAAUCAGCCACGGACGCGGAGGCGAUUCUCUGUCCGCGAAAACAACCGGACGUCGAAACCAGCGAACAACGAUCGCCGUUCAAAGAUGAUCUCGGCGCCGUCCAAUUUCAACCACAUCAGUCACAUGGGUCCCGGCGACGGGAUUCAAAUGCAGAGGCUCCUGGACCUGCCGCAGUUGGACAAGGUGGACCAGUUUGUGCCCCACCAGGGCGCCCAGCAUCUGCCCGGUGCCAUCCCCCUUGCAGGCAUGUCCACCAGUUCGAGUAAUACCAGUAUUACCGGAUCACCGUCACACAUGAUGACGUUGCAGCAGCAACAACAGCAGCAGCAGCAACAACAACAGCAAGGCAUCCAAAGGGUGCGAAGCAUGUUCCAGCAAUCGGGAAGCAAAUUAACUGCUCCUCGCGUUCCACCCCAGCCGGCCGAUCCAUCGCCUCCCCGUAGAUCCAUAUCACAGUCAGGAAAUUCGUCUUCCGUUCAUAAUGGUGUACCGUUACCGGGUUUGCCGCCCCGACGACCAGCUCCUCAGGCCCCGCCUCAUCAGCGACCAUCUUUACACAUUUCUGGUCCGAUCCUAACUUCCUCCACGUUAGCCAGGACUCCAGAGGGCAGUCAGAUUACGCCAAUGACGCCGAGUAGCGGUCUAUCGGGCCAGCACGUCCCCUUUAGUUUCUCCACUCCGCAUGAUAUGGCCACUAAUGGCAGUCCACGUCAUUCUAUCGCCUCCAACAGUAGCGGGUUGAGUAACCCUCCAAGUCCGGGCGUAACGAGCCAUUUACGUGACAGUCGGGACAGUUACGAAUCGUGAACUCUGUCCACCACAUUUUCUUCUCCGUAGAGGAAUUUCACUUCUUCUUCUUAACUUCUUCUUCUUCUUUUUCCACAUCGAAAAAUACUUAAGAAAAACAAAAAACCCCGGCGUACUAUUUAUUUGUCAUCGAGUGAUUUUUCGGGUGGGGUGGGGUGUACUUAAAACGAGAUGAGGAAAAAAAAAAACGCGUGACGCUAUAUUGUGAUCGUACAUGGAAUAGGCGUCGUAUAAAAAAAAAAUGGGCGCCGCGUUUAUCACCACUUGAAAAUGCGUUGUUAGUUUUCUUCCGAGUUCAUUUGGUUAUUAUUCUGAUGAUUAUUAUUUUGAAGUAACGAAACAAAAGAAGGGCGUGAUUGAUGUCGACUUUCGUCUCCCCUUUGAUCGGCGCAAUGAAUGACGGAAGUUUGAUUGUCGAAUUUCACAAUCAAACCAUUCAACUUUGCAAGGAUGAGAAACCGCAACGUCACCGACUUGAACCACCUCCCCCCCCUAACUUUCUCAAUUUGUCGUCUGUCUUGUGGUGCUUUUUUAUAGACUUAUUCCUUCACGUCCUAUUAUUCUCAAGCGAAUCAAUCAAUCGUCUAAUCCCCGUGUACUUAAAAACAAAUGCAGUCUUCUCCUCCGCCCUCAGACUCUUGACUCAGUUUCUUUUUUUUAAAUGGCAUUUAAAAUCUGCAUUCAUUUUUAAAUUCGCCGACCUUUCAUUCUGGAAUGGAUGAAAAGAAAAACAAAACAAAACAUUUGUACACUUUUGGAUGAGAAGAAGCUGGCCAAUUGCAUAUUUUUUGUUGUUUGCGCCGCCAUUCUUUCGAUUAAUUGGUUAUUAUUUUGUACUGUAAUUUCUUUUUUUUUCUCUCUCCCUUAUCUACGUCCCCAGGGUCUGUUGUACAGCCUUGUAAUAUCGCCCCAAUUUCCCUCUACAAUUCGCGACUCUAUUAUUACGAUUUUUUUUUUGGUUUGUUUUUUUCUUUUGUCUUUAUAUUAUGUCGUGUACGUAGAGCUGCCGCCCGCCGGUGACUGUCUACUUAUUCAACUGGGUCACCGGUGACUGGCGAGUGGGAGGGAAAUCAGGACCUUCGUCAUUCUUCGUUGCGAACACCUCCAUCUUUUACCCCGAUUCUCCAAUUAAUUUAUCAUUUUCUCAGUCUCGUCGACAUCGUUGGCCAUUUCCCUCGUUCACGCGGACCGUUUUUUCGUCGUGAACAUUUUUCGUUUCCUGAAUUUCUUUGGUUUCAUCCAUCCGCUUGACACUUAAGAAAACAACGCUGCCGCUCUAUUAUAAUCCCCCCAGACCUACAUACUGUGAAUGUUUACGUGCUCCCCAAUUAGGUCUUCUUUCAUAGGAAAUAUACAAUUUAUCAAAGGUGGACUGUAUUAACUCAGCUAUUUUAGGGUCCUGACCAAAAAAAAAAAAAAAACAAUCUGACCAAAAAGUACUGGUUACAAAAAAAAAAAAAAAAAAAAAACCAGAAACCACAGAUGGCACAGAUAAAGUCCACAUUAUCUCCACAAAACUCCAAAGACAGAAGAACUCCACCGACAAUAGAACCCCAAUAUUUGAAAUAAUUUUGAAAUUUUCUUUGUUUGCGACAGUAGAACUCCAGCGACAGUCGAACUCCAAAGACAUAAGAACUCCUUUUUUUAAAUAUUAUUAAAAAUACCGACAAUAGAAUCCCGACAGUAGAACUCCCAACAAAUUUUUACAUUUUAGUCCCGAAACUCCGCCACCUGGUGGACACAUCUGAAAAUGAAUCGGAGUGACGUGGAAUCGCCAUUUUAUUCCAAGACAUUGAGUCAGGAGGAGGACGCCGUUGUGUACUCAAUCUUUAACAUUUUGAUGGAAAUUAAUAAGUAAAUCUUGCCUAUUUCCAUUUGGGCAAAUCAUAUGAUCACAUGGCUAGCUUCAGACUGCUGUCCUGCUAAAAUGUCAUCCAUUGCUACGUGAAACGUGAAACGGCUGUAUGUUUCAUCCCAUCCUUUGCUGAAAUACUUAAAGAAGAAGUUUCACAGCCAGGUGAAGUCUGAGCUUCUGCAAUGCUGUCUUUUGUGCUCAUGGUUUUGUUGCAGCCAGCUGACGAUUGGUGUGAUGAGCUACUGCAUGCAUUCCAUCGGUGGUGAGCUGCUUCUAUCCAGUCUGUGGUGCUGGUGUUAUCCUGAAAGGUUGGCUGUUCCUGACAAGAUUUUGGAUUGUGGUGUUUGUGGUGGAAAUGAGGACUACAGUUUUUCUUCAUAAAUAGUAAAAGUUAUUGCAAACUGAUAUCAUGGUAUCCAAAAUUCUUAUCCAUGUAAUUGUGUUUGAUUUUACGGUGGGGUUUGCUUAGUUAGUGAAAUAAAGAAAAAUAAAUGACAUCAAUAUUAA